AUGCAGAGCCGUGUCGAGAGCAGCAUUUCGGGGCAAGACAAAAGUUUACAUCGCGGCCCCGAGUGCUGGCGUAAACCCCAGGGUAAUUCCAUGCGCCAAGCCAUAUCUCUGGGGCAGCUUUGGACCGAACAGCUGCCUGACGGAUGCGAGCUGACGGUGGGUGAGCUGCGCGAUAUGGCUAACCGACAGCAGCAGCAGAUCGAGUCCCAGCAGCAGCUCCUGGUGGCCCGGGAGCAGCGCCUCAAGUACCUCAAGCAGCAGGAGUCUCGGGCCGCCGCCGUGGCUGCCGAGGCGGAGCGGUUGAGGAGGCUGAGGGAGAGGGUCGAGGCGCAGGAGGCCAAGCUCAGGAGGUUGCGCGCCCUCAGGGGACAGGUGGAAGCAACACGGCACAACACGGCUUCUCUGACGACGGACCUCGACGCCAUGCGCCACCUGUUCAGCGAGAAGGAGAAGGAGCUGGUGGUGGCCGUGUCCAAGGUGGAGGAGCUCACCCGGCAGCUGGAGGAGCUCCGCCACGGCCGCUCCCCGCUCAGCCCCAACAACCAGCACCACAGUGAGCUGGAUAAGCUGCGGAGGGAGCUGCUGUACCGCAACAGCGUGAACCGCGAGGCGUCCGCGCGGGUGGCGGCGCAGCGCGAGACGCUGGCUGCGCGGCGGGACGAGAUCACGCGCAUCGACAAGCGCAUCUCGGAGCUCCAGCAGCGCCUGCACCGGAAGAGGAUCCUCAACCACCAGCUCGCCUCCCAGAUCACGGCCGCCACGCAGGCCAAACAAGCUCAGUUGAAGGCGGUGCAGCAGAAGGCCAUGCGCGACGGCAUCCACUCGGAGAACUCUGCCGACGACACUCACACCCCGACCAUCUCAAGCUUCCUCCCGGCGAGGACCUCGGAGAGUUUGGUCCCAACAAGAACGACCCCAAGUACCAGACCUUGCCAUACAACACCAAGUUCUCCCGCGCAGAACAACGGCACGACCGCCGCCGCCGCGACCUCCGCUGGCGCCCCCGUCAACGGCUCCGUCGUCACCAGAACGGUCCACAGCAUACCCACGCACCCGCCCUCCCGCGGCCACGCCCACGCGCCCGCCCUCAGCCAGGGGCCCCCGCUCGCCCCGCCGCCAGCCGCCCUCAAGCCCGCCCCCAAUCCUGCGAUGACGCCGAGGGUGUAUGGUCCAGGAGCACAGCAAUUCAGCCAGCGAUCGCAGCCUCUCGGGGGAUCAACUUUAGGGCAAAAUCAGGAUUCUCGCCCCCUCCUCCCUCCCACCUCCCUCUCUGUCUCCUUCAACCAGAAGCUGAGUCCCGGGGUCACGGCGCACGCACAGAGCAGGACCCUGUUGUUGCCUCAUCACCAUGCUCAGGACGUCGACAUGCGCGCCGUCGGAAGCGCCGGCGAGGGGAGCGAGGACCUCCCCGCGGCCGGCGAGGGCGGGCGGAACAAGCCGGCUGCCGCCCAAGCCAGUCGUCCCUUCCAAGCCCCUCCCUCCCCCCGCCAGAAGGGAGACCCCCUCGUGGCUAGCAACGAGAGCCUGAACGCAGCGCAGACGUCGGUUCGAGGAGGUGCUCAGGGAAGGCCCCAGCAAGGAUACAGGUAUGCAAGUCAGAACGUGAUAAUGUCGACUUACACGCAGCAGCCGCCUGGCCCAGACAACCAGUCCGGCGAAGGCGCUGACGACAACAACCGCUCCAAAGUGGCCAACAACGUCCUCAACAACAAUAACAACAACAACAGCGGCAUCGCCAAGUCGGAGAGCGAGGGCGGCGAGAAGGUGCACGUGUCGAUCAACAGCCGCAUCGAAAUGCCUCCGGACUUCAUGUUCCCCGAGGACGAGACCCCGCCGUCGGACCUGCUGGGCCGGAGGGUCGAGGAGAUCGAGAACGGGGGCGGCGACGCGCACAAGGAGAGGGGCGGGGCCGUCGACGCGGUGGACAACCUGCAGGUGCCCCCCGCCCUGCCGCUGAGCGAGCUGGAGAAGCUCAGGAUCGACAACGCCAAGGAGGAGAGGAACAGCCAGGAGGACCUCCACGCGGCGAACAACAACGCGCCGGGAGGGAACAUUCCCAGCGACGAUUCCCGACAGCCCGACGGCGCGGAUACUAGUUCGGUGCCAAUCGAAGGACUCACAGAAGGCGACGUAGAGAAGAGCAACGGAUCGACGAGCCUCAACAACAACAACAACAACAAUAACAACAACAACACCAACACCUCCAUCGUCCGCCGCAUCAAGAAGGGCAACCUCAAGACCAAGAACUCGUCCCGCGUGCCCCGCCGGGUGAGCUUCGAUCCCCUGGCCCUCCUCCUCGACGCCGCCCUUGAGGGGGAGCUCGAGCUGGUCAAACGCACCGCCAUGGAAGUGCCCAACCCCUCGGCCGCCAACGACGAAGGGAUCACCGCCUUGCACAACGCCAUCUGCGCCGGUCACCUCGACAUCGUCACGUUCCUGGUUACCUUCGGCUGCGAUGUCAACGCCCAGGACUCGGACGGAUGGACCCCAUUGCACUGCGCUGCCUCCUGCAACAACGUAGCAAUGGUGAGGUUCCUGGUGGAGCAUGGUGCUUGCAUCCUCGCGACCACGCUGUCUGACCACGAGACUGCAGCCGAGAAGUGCGAGCAGGAUGAGGAGGGAUAUGACGGAUGUUCCCAAUAUCUAUACAGCGUUCAGGAGAAGCUCGGCAUAAUGAACGGCGGCGUCGUCUUCGGUGUCUACGACUACGAAGGGCAGGCGGGAGACGAGCUCACCUUCCGCUGCGGAGACGCCCUGACGAUCCUGAGGCGCGGGGACGAGUACGAGCGGGAGUGGUGGUGGGGACAGCUACGCGAUAUUCAAGGCUAUGUUCCGCGAAAUUUACUCGGGCUGUAUCCUCGAGUGAAGAGCCCCGUUCGCGAUUCCUGAGGACAGAAGGCGGCCACGGGGAAACAGGCUACCUUCCGCGCUCUUCCAGGUCGUAACACAAAACUGGGAUAGACUCAUCUGAUAUUAUUAUUUUCUUUCCAAGUUUCGUUUUCAUUCUCCCUCCGGUACUGUAAUUUUGAGGGGGAAAGGGAGAGAAAGAGAGACGGCCGCCCAAGACACCGCAGACGACGAGGCGGACGUGUCUUGGGGUCGCCAGCACCUCUCGAGCUGACAUGUUUACAGGGGACUAAUUUAUGACUUUGUGACCGAAACAGAGCGAACGUUUAUGUUUCUCUGUUUCCGAGACAGGACUAUUUAUUUUGGUGGUAGAGUGGCAGCUAUUAAAUUCUAAUAAAAAAUAUCGUUAUGCUUUUUUAGUCAUGUUAAUGAGGCAAAGCAGAGCUUACUCUUCUACCUCCAAAACUUUCUUGUUCAUUUUCUUGUGACUGAAGCAGACUAGUGCCUUACGUAACAGACAACCUGCAGAUAUUAGUGUUCUCUGUGAUUAUGACUGAACUACAGUGAGAUUGUGAAACUCUGUACUGUAAUACAUAUCUAUACAUGCUGUAUAUAUCAGAGGAUGUAUAUUCUGUACUGCUUUGGAUGCUGCUAGGUAAUAUUUUUGACAUACAUAAUUGCAUCAGCUUCUGCAGGAGACUUCCACAGACUGGACGACAAUGAUGAAUGUUUUGAAGUCAUCAGUAAUCCACUAAAUACACGAAUAAAAAAAAACAUCAAUGCUUUGUUUCAUCAUUGUCAUCUGUAAGCCACUGGACACUAAAAAUGUUACAGUGAUAUGAAGCUUGUGUGAAUGUCCUUUUUUCAAGGGAAUGAAACCCUGAAACAAAGCUAUUUUUCUAGCAUGACGACUACACAAUAUUGUUAAUAUUUUACUAUUAACUGUACUGAUAUACACAAUUGAAAUAAAAAGUUGCCAUAUGAAA